GGUAUGGAGUCGGAGUGGACCACGUAUGCCGACUCCCAGCAAGGCAUCAAAGAGGAAGUCGCGAACUGGGCCAGGAGGGUGAACAUGGCGGACGCCAGCAAUAUGAUGGCCGUGGGCUUGUGGGGCGAUGGAGCCCCAUACAACGCCAGGGACCCGAUCGUCCUAUGGACGUUGACCGUGAUUAGUGGCAGG